AUGAAUAUAUCGCCUUCUGAGUGCAGCAGUGGGUGCGAGUCAGGAUGGACUAUGUACUUGGAUCAGCAUUCCAAUUCUACAUAUCAAUACAGCAAGACUAUUGAUAAACAUUAUCAAAGAAAAGGGACAUAUGUGAACGAGGAGGAAGACGACUAUGAUUUGUCUAUGGUAUCAGAUGCAUCAUCAGGCCCUCCACUACUCGAAGAUUCUGCUGAAAAGAACAAGAAAAGCGAGAAGAAAAAGAAAGCAAAAGAGCAAAAGAGAGAAGAAAAGAAUUUGUAUCUUGAUGAUACUGCUAGCUCUCCUUUGUGUAAUUUUUCCCAGGAUACUUUGGCACCGGCUAGCAUUCAUACUUCAGUGGAGCAUGUCUCCGGUUUCUCACAAGCGCCGUCUGCUGCACAUUUUCAGAAGCAUUUCGGUUUCUUCAAAUCUUCACAGAAAGAGAAAACAUAUUCAGCUAAAUCAGGCAGUUUGCUGGGAAGAAAAAGGCAGUAA